AUGAGCGUGAGUUUUUGUGGGCGGAGCAUCGAAGCUCCGCCCCCGCCUGAAGGCUUUCCGAAGAGCAUCGAGGAGUGUGUUCCCUCUGUGUGUGUGAGACAUAAGCUAGCCGUUAAUCGAGCUUCUCUGCGGCCUCCACUCUCUCCUCUUGUCUGUCUAACCAUCUCUGCGCAUCCUCAGCCUUACAUUCUAUUCUCGCAAAAGAACAACAAGAAGGAAAAAAAGAAGAAGAAGAAGAAGAAGCUGAAGAAGAAGCAUUUUGACACACGCUUUUUUUUGGCUUGCUCCUCACCCCCGACACUCCCGCGGACACUCCUCCGUCCAGCUGAUCCCCAUGCAUGA